AUGACAGCGCACGGGGAGCACGCGGGGGUACAGGAGGCAGCAUGCAGGGCGCUGGCGAGCAUGACGGCCGACAACCGCGACAACACGAUCGAGGCCGGGGAGGCAGGGGCAGUAGGGGCGGCCGUCGGGGCAAUGGAGAACAAUGUUGAGGACCAAGAGAUACAGGAGGCAGCAUGCAGGGCGCUGGCGAGCAUGACGGCCGACAACCGCGACAACACGAUCAAGGCCGGGGAGGCAGGGGCAGUAGGGGCGGCCGUCGGGGCGAUGGAGAGGCACGGGGAGCACGCGGGGGUACAGGAGGCAGCAUGCAGGGCGCUGGCGAGCAUGACGGCCGACAACCGCGACAACACGAUCAAGGCCGGGGAGGCAGGGGCAGUAGGGGCGGCCGUCGGGGCGAUGGAGAGGCACGGGGAGCACGCGGGGGUACAGGAGGCAGCAUGCAGGGCGCUGGCGAGCAUGACGGCCGACAACCGCGACAACACGAUCAAGGCCGGGGAGGCAGGGGCAGUAGGGGCGGCCGUCGGGGCGAUGGAGAGGCACGGGGAGCACGCGGGGGUACAGGAGGCAGCAUGCAGGGCGCUGGCGAGCAUGACGGCCGACAACCGCGACAAC